UGUUUUUUACUCGUUGAGUUCUCAGCAGCCAGCCCGCACAUCUCAAAGCUUUAUCUAUUUAUCAAAUCAUCCUCGCACGUUUAUUUCCACGCUGUAUUAAUUCAGAGAGAGAAAGAAUGUCGUCAACUGAUGCGGAAAUGGCUGAAGUUCCGGAACAUUGUCCAGGAACGCAAAGUGAAAAAGCAGGCAAGGCGGAGCCGUGUGAUGGAUGUCCAAAUCAAAAGAUUUGUUCUUCUGGGAAAGCAUCAAUUCCUGACCCUGCAAUUUCUGUCAUAGCUGGAAAGCUGGCGUCAGUGAAGAGAAAGUACUUGGUGCUUUCAGGGAAGGGUGGCGUCGGCAAAUCCACGGUCUCUACACUUCUGGCAAGAGCGUUCGCUGCUAAUGCAGAUACCAAUGUUGGGCUGUUAGAUGUCGAUAUUUGUGGUCCAAGCGUACCCAGAAUUAUGGGGUGCGAGGGUGAAAUUGUUCACCAAAGUGGGUCAGGCUGGAGCCCUGUGUAUGUCGAAGAGAACCUUAGCGUAAUGUCGAUCGGGUUUCUACUGGACAGUCCCAAGUCUGCUGUAAUCUGGCGUGGACCCCGAAAAAAUGGACUUAUCAAACAGUUCUUGAUGGAAGUGGAUUGGGGGACUGGGCUUGACGUACUUGUGAUUGACACACCACCCGGUACAUCAGAUGAACAUUUAUCAAUUGCCACAUAUUUGUCCAAGGCCAACAUUGACGGCGCAAUCCUUGUGACGACACCUCAAGACGUGUCCAUCAUAGAUGUUCGAAAAGAAAUUGACUUUUGCAAAAAGACCAAUAUUCCAAUCAUUGGAAUAAUUGAGAAUAUGAGCGUAUUCGUGUGUUGUAACUGUCAGCAUUCGAGCGAACUUUUUCCAAAGACCAGCGGGGGUGGAGAAGCUCUGGCCAAUGAAUUCCAAAUUCCAUUCCUUGGACGCCUUCCUAUGGACCCAAAUCUUACUCGGUCAUGCGACGAGGGCAAGAAUUUCAUUACAGACUCCCCAGAAUCACCAACCUCAAAGUUUAUGUUGAACCUAGUCAACAAUUUGAAGUAAUCAAGUAUAAUUGGACAUGUCCGUCGACGCAACGGGUUGACUAAGACCUUUCAUCAUGACAUUCUUUAAAUAUCAAGAAAAUUAUGCCUAAUUAUUACUUAUUCAGACUCUUCUGAUUUAUAUUCUUUAUGAUUUCUAAGUCCCCAUGCCGACUCAGAUUGUUUAUCAAUACUCUUUUCUUUCCGUAGUCUUUUGUAGAAUCAAUAAAUCAAUAUAUUCAGAAAAUA